ACUUCCGGCAAUAAACCCGGACGCGUCGCUGCGGUCGGGUGGGGACAGGGACACGGCGGUGGUCCGCGCUCCAGGUGGGGACUGGGACGUUUGGCGCGCAGCCGGACCAUGCCGUUCCUGGGCCAGGACUGGCGGUCCCCCGGGUGGAGCUGGACCAAAACGGACGACGGCUGGAAGAGGUGUGAGCCCUGCAGCGAGGAGCCGGGCCGAGGGGCGCUGCGGCCGGACGGAGGCCCCCGGGUAAUCUUAAAUAGUGAACAUGAAGAAACAUUCACUGAUGAAGAGCAUGGAUAUGCAUCCAAAAAAAGGAAAAAGGACCAUUUCAGGAAUGACAGCAAUACUCAGUGUUUUUAUCGUGAAAAAUGGAUCUAUGUCCAUAAAGAAAGCACUAGAGAACGGCACGGCUACUGCACGCUGGGGGAGGCCUUCACCCGCCUGGACUUCUCCAGCGCCGUGCAGGACGUCCGCCGGUUCAGCUACGUGGUCAGACUCCUGCAGCUCAUUGCGAAGUCCCAGCUAACGUCGCUGAGCGGUGUGGCUCAGAAGAACUACUUCAACGUUCUGGACAAAAUCGUUCAAAAGGUCCUCGAGGACCACCAGAACCCGCGCCUCAUCAAGGACCUGCUGCAGGACCUGAGCUCCACGCUGGGCGCCCUGCUCCGCGGCGUCGGCAAGUCCGUGCUGGUCGGCAACAUCGACGUCUGGGCUUGCCGGCUGGACACCAUCCUCGCCUGGCAGCAGCAGCUGCAGAACCUUCAGGUGACGCAGGUGAACCACGGCCUCACACUCAGCGACCUCCCCUUGCACACGCUGAGCGACAUCCUCCACCGGCUGUCGGACGGCUGGGACGUCGUCACCCUGGGCCAGGUGACGCCUGCGCUGUCGGUGCUCAGCGAGGACCGGCGGCUGUGGCGGAAGCUGUGUCAGUACCACUUCGCCGAGAAGCAGUUUUGCAGACACUUGAUCCUCUCGGAGAAGGGCCACGUGGAGUGGAAGCGGACGUACUUCGCGCUGCAGAAGUGCUACCCGGCCCGGGAGCAGUACGGGGACACGCUGCACUUCUGCCGGCGCUGCAGCACCCUCUUCUGGAAGGACUGCCACCUUGCUUUGCUGUUCAAGGACUCGGGACACCCCUGCACGGCCGCCGACCCCGACAGCUGCCUCACGCCCGUGUCCCCGCAGCACUUCAUCGACCUCUUCAAGUUUUAGGUGCCCUGCGCCCCACGCGGCCCGGAGCCAGCGGCGCCAGGAGGUGCUCCCCGCGACGGAGGGCUGGCGGCAGGGGUGGGGCACGCGCCUGGGCAGGGGACGCAGGGGACCCCGGCCAAAUCAUCUCAACUUCCUUAAGAAACUCUUUUCUUCUAAGCAUAUGGCAGUUUGCAACUUUGCGUAUUUAGAAAUAUGGUUCAGAAAAGAUUCUAGAUUUUCAGCUCCACGUUCUGUGCUGAACGGACACUAACAGCCAAUAAUGUGCUUAAUUGCCAUGUGAUGGUUUCCCAAUUUUGCAGUCGUUGGGGGUGGGGACAAAACCACAAUCCUUGUAAAAACAUUGUGCAGAAUGUUUAUUUUUCUGAAGAUGUGUGUUAACUGCACGGGAAGUGCCCCGAUGAGUCCUCUCUGAACGCAGAACGAACCUCAGGAGACACUUGCGGGUCCGGUCUGGUGUUGGGCGACUGUGCGGGUCCCU